AUGGCGCCCAACAAUUCCAAAUACUCCAGCACACGGUACCAUGACCCGUCGGAACGCGAGUUCUUCAGCUUCGAGGAAGUUGUGCUGAAGGGGCUGGCGUCGGACGGGGGACUGUUCCACCCGCACGAAGUGCCGGACGUCGGAUCUCGGUAUGAGGAAUGGAAGGACCUUUCAUUUCCCGAGCUGGCAUACCAGGUGAUGCGGCUGUACAUUGACGAGCAUGAGAUAUCCAACUCUGAACUCAAGUCGAUCGUGGACCGCAGCUACUCGACGUUUCGACAUCUCGACACAGUGCCGCUGGAGACUUUGGACGAGCAGAAGAACCUGCACUUGCUGGAGCUAUUCCACGGGCCAACCUUCGCAUUCAAGGACGUGGCACUGCAAUUUUUGGGCAACCUGUUCGAAUUCUUUUUGGUGCGCAAGAACCAGAACCUGAAGGCUGGCGAGCCGCGACACCAUUUGACAGUCAUUGGCGCCACGUCCGGCGACACGGGGUCGGCGGCCAUUUAUGGUUUACGCGGCAAGAAGGACGUUAGCAUUUUCAUCAUGUUCCCGGACGGCAAAGUGUCGCCUGUGCAGGAGGCGCAGAUGACGACGGUGCUGGAUCCCAAUGUUCACUGUCUGAGUGUUCAGGGAACCUUUGACGAUUGCCAGGACUACGUUAAAGCCCUGUUUGCAGACCCAGAGAUGAACAAGAUCCACCAUCUGGCCGCGGUGAAUUCCAUCAACUGGGCCCGCAUCCUCGCCCAGAUCACCUAUUACUUCUACGCCUACUUCCAGCUUAUCAAGAAGAAUCCGAGUGUUCGAAAGGCUAAAUUUGUCGUGCCCACCGGCAAUUUUGGCGACAUUUUGGCCGGAUACUAUGCUUUGCGCAUGGGUCUCCCAAUAGCCAAGCUGAUCAUCGCGACGAACGAGAACGACAUCCUCCAUCGCUUCUGGCAGACAGGCUCGUACUCGAAGAAACAAAAGCCCGCGGCCGAGCCUCACGAGGGCAUCAAACAGGACGGCGCCCAGGCCCACGAGGACGGCGUCAAGGAGACCUACAGCCCCGCCAUGGAUAUCUUGGUCUCGUCCAAUUUCGAACGUUUGCUAUGGCAUCUGUGUCUGGAACGUGAGCGGGAAGUAAAUCCAAAUACAAAAUUCGAGGAGUCGGUCAGAGUCGCCGGCGGCAAGAUCAACGGUUGGUUCCACGAGUUGAAGACUACUGGUUCGUUCACGGUCGACAAGGAAAUCCUGGCAAAGGCUCGUGCCAUCUUCGGCACCCAUAGAGUCAGCAAUCCGGAGACCUUGGACGCCAUUAGAAGCUGUUACAGGGGUGAAGCUAUUUCGAAGAAAGGUUAUGUCUUGGACCCGCAUUCGGCCAUUGGCGUGGCUGCAAGCCUGCGUGAGAUUGAAGCAGCCGGCCAAACAGGCGACAUUCCCACCGUGUCUCUGGCAACUGCCCAUCCGGCCAAGUUCGCUGGUGCAGUCGAGCUGGCCUUGAAAGAUGAAAAGGACUUUGAUUUCAACUCGGUCCUGCCUGAACAAUUCGUUGGUCUUGGUGACAAAGAAAGAAGAGUCUUGAAGGUCUCCAGCCACGAAGGUCUAUCGGGUAUCCGCCAGAUCAUUACGAGAGAAGUGGAAAAAGAAAAGGUGCUUGGACAGAAUGGUGCUUGA